UCGGAAGCGCUGCGUCUUGGUUGCCGAAACUUUGGCUGGAUUCUUCUUCCUCGCUUGUCUGCUGGUCGGACAAGAAAAUGCUGAAACUACACUGCAAGAUAUUCCUGUGUAUAAAGAACUAGACCUCCUCGACAGAGAAGCCAGAUCCGUGAACAGAUCCGAUUCCAUUGAUAGAAUUUGUUUCUACCAAGUGCCUUACGUCCACGCUGUUCCCGAAGAGUUUAACGUAACCGUCGUUCAAACAUUUGUUGCUUUAUGUGGUAAUGUACCUGAUGAAAUUCCUCUCAACGAUGGCUCAAAUCAGUGUCGGUUUACUAGAUCAGUUGUUGUUACAAAGAAACGUGAAGUAUUCAAAAGGAUGUACAGAGUUGAAUCGAGGUGUUGCAAAGGAUGGACUGGACCCGAGUGUACCCAACGUGAUUGUGAUCCACCUUGCAUGAAUGGGGGAGUUUGCAGUAACGACCAAUGUUUUUGUCACGAUGGCUAUACUGGAAAAAACUGCGAAGAAGCUGUAUGUCGAACACCAUGCAUUAACGGAGCUUGUAUCAAACCAGACGUUUGUAUGUGUCAUCCUGGGUGGACUGGGCUAACUUGUGAAACAGCAAUAUGUGAAGAGGAAUGUAAGAAUGGCGGUAGCUGUGUAGCCCCCAACACUUGCGCUUGUGUCAGUGGUUUCACUGGAGAAAAAUGCCAGGGAGAACGUUGCCCAAAGCCCUGUGAACAUGGCGGGAUUUGUUCCGGUGGAUCCUGUUACUGUAAAUUUGGAUGGACUGGGGAAACUUGUAACGAACCUGUUUGCGAAGGUGGAUGUCAAGUGGGUGGCAUUUGUAUGGCGCCUAACACAUGUCUUUGCCCUGAAGGCUACUCUGGAAAGAAUUGCGAAAUAUCUCUUAUCUCGAAUCAAGAAAAUGACCUAUCCUUUAUGUUUAAAAGACAAGUCAUCUCGACAACAUCAGAUGAACCCGACUUGUGUUACACUUGGGGUCAACACCAUUACAAAACAUUUGACGGGAAGUACUUCUAUUAUCCUGGACGUUGCACGUACAAACUGGUUGCUGACUGUGUUGAUGACAUGUUCUCUGUUCAUGUUACAAAUGAUCCAAACUGUCCUGAAGAUCAAAAAUGUCGUCGUGGUGUUGAAUUGUAUCUUGGUGGACAUGAUAUCAAGGUUGUUCUUGACCAACAUAGACAUGUCGAAGUCAACGGUCAGAACGUAUCACUGCCUCACCUGGUAGAAAAAAUUGUGAUUCAAGAAGUUGCGAGGUACAUUGUCGUGUAUGGUUUCAGUGGUCUAACUAUCCAGUGGGACGGUCACAGCGCUGUCUAUGUUCAUAUGUCUAAUGAAUACCGAGGGAAAACCUGUGGUUUAUGUGGCAACUAUAACAGCGACCCUGCAGAUGACUUUCUUACUCUGGCUGGUAAUCAAGUCUCCAACGUGAACACAUUUGGUAACAGUUAUAAAAUGACAGCCUUUGGUGAAACAUGUGAAGAUGUUCCUGCACAUAUGGACUCGUCUCCUUGUAAAAAGCUGAGCUCGACGGAAUACGCGAACAUUCGUAUCUCUUGUGCAACUUUGUUGCAAGCACCGUUCUUAUCCUGUCAUUCGAUCGUAGACCCGGCGUUAUUUCUAAAGAUGUGUGAGGAAGAUGCAUGUUCCUACUUCAACUACACUUCAGUCAACUCCACAUUGUGCGAUGCUUCUACCCAAUAUUCAAGAGCCUGUUCUAGAAAUGGAGUUGAACUUUCUUGGAGAGAUGAUCUUAAUAUUUGCGACGUAACAUGUCCGGCAACGAUGAUAUUCAGUGAAUGCGAAACGGCUUGUCCAAGAACGUGUUUUCAUAAAGAUAAGAAAUAUAUUUGUGACAUGCACUGCAUUGAUGGCUGCACCUGCCCAAAUGGAACUUAUCAUGAUGGACAAAACUGUGUUGCUGAAAAAGAAUGUCCUUGCGAUCAUCAUAAAGAGCUAUUUCCUGCUGGAUCCAUCGUGCAAAAUGAUUGCAACAAAUGUGUUUGUACCGGCGGCAGUUGGUCAUGUAGUAGUGAUGUUUGUGCUGGGACGUGCUCCGCAACAGGUGACCCGCAUUAUAGAACGUUUGACGGCAAGGCGUAUUCAUUUAUGGGCCAUUGUCGUUAUAUCUUUGCGAGAGACUGUCACUCAAAUACCUUCGAGAUCUUGGUCGAGAAUACUCCAUGUGGCACUGAUGAUACUGUCACUUGUACUAAAACUGUUUUUGUCAACGUUAACGGAUCCUCGAUUGUCCUCAUGCGCGGUGGAGCAGUCAUUGUGAAUAGCAAGGAAAUUGUGCUUCCCUACACGACAGCAGGGGUCACGAUGACAAGAAUAUCCUCCCAGAUAACUCGUUUGCAAUCUAGCGUUGGAUUAGAUGUGAAGUGGGAUGGAAUGCUGCGUCUUUAUGUCACAGUUCAACCCCACUUCGCUAACAAAACCUGCGGUCUCUGUGGUAAUUACAAUAAUAUCCAAGAUGAUGACUUCAUGAACAACGACCACGCUAUCGAAACCAACGUUCUUGCUUUUGCUAACUCCUGGGCAACAACGGUUUGCAACAAAACUGCUCACGCGAAAAACCCAUGCGAGACGAUGGUCCAGCGAGCGGCCGAAGCCGAGAUGAAGUGCGGCGCUCUAAAAAGGGAUCCAUUUCAAGCAUGCCAUCAUAGUGUGGAUCCACUGGAUCAUUAUAUUCAAAACUGCAAGUAUGACGUAUGUGGUUGUCAGGAUGGCACUCUCUGUUAUUGUUCAGCGCUGGAAGAUUAUGCACAUGCGUGUACACGUCAUGGUCAUGUGAUUAACUGGAGAAACACUGGUCUGUUCCCUGAAUGCGAUGUUCUGUGUGAGAACAAGCAACAGGAAUAUAAUCAAUGUGGUACUUCGUGUUAUGAAACAUGCCGUGAUUUACAAGCAAACGAGGGCUGUAUUGAGGAAUGUUCACCAGGAUGCCAUUGCCCAAAUGGCACAGCAUUAAAUGAAGACAACAAUUGUGUGCCUUACUCACAAUGUCCUUGUCAUCAGGAUGGUGACGACUACGCCCCUGGAGCCUCCUAUUGGCCCGACAGAUGCACCAUAUGCACUUGUAAGAAUGGAAAAUUUGACUGUCAAAACGAGACAUGCCAAGGCGUUGAAUGCUCUUCUGGUCGAGUUUGGUCCACUUGUGCCCAAUGUGCUAAAACGUGCGAGAACGUGAACUUGCCAUGUUUGAACCAACAAUGCGAAGAAGGCUGCAUUUGUCCUGGAGAUCUUGUCUUCGAUGGUUCUGGGUGUGUUAAUGUCUCUGAAUGUGCUUGUCAUCAUGAUGGUCGUCAUUAUGACUCAGGAGAAACUAUCACUUUAGACUGUAAUACUUGUACUUGCCAAGAUACAGCAUGGACAUGUACUACGAAAAAAUGUCCUAAAGUUUGCAGUGCAGUUGGCGAUCCUCAUUUUAAAACAUUUGAUGGUAAAAGGUACGAAUUCCAAGGCUCUUGUGGGUACAUUUUAUCUGAGGACUACUGUGGCAGCAGCACUGGAAAUUUUCGCAUUGAAGUGCAAAACAUUCCUUGUGGAACGAGUGGGGUUACCUGUACGAAAGCACCUAUUGUAACUUUGGAUAGCAUAAUGAUCUCCUUCAUUCGAGGGGGAAAACCAAAAAUCGAAGCCCUACCUGGAGCCAAAAAUAUAAACCUCACGUCGGGAUAUAACAUCUACGAGAGCUUGUUCUUCACUGUGCUGACGACCGAAAUUGGGUUGACUAUGGAAUGGGAUCAUGGUACUACAGUGUAUGUCAAUUUGGAACCUACUUACAAAGGAGAUACAUGUGGUCUUUGUGGUAAUCUCAAUGAUAAUCAAAACGAUGAUUUCUUGACCCCCCAAAACCUUCCUGAAACUCUGCCGACGGAUUUCGGCGAUUCUUGGAAAGUUGAACCAUCUUGUGCCGAUACACACGUGAUUGAACACCCCUGUAAGACGAACAAACAUAGAGCCGCUUGGGCGUACAAGACCUGUAACAUCAUAAGAAGGGAUGUUUUUCAACCUUGUCACGAUAAAGUUGACCCAGAGCCAUUUUUCGAAAAUUGCUACUAUGAUGCUUGCGGUUGCGAUACUGGUGGUGAUUGUGAAUGUAUGUGUACAGCUAUUGCGGCUUAUUCAAGGGAAUGUAACCGACACGGUGUGCAUGUAAAGUGGAGAACACAAGAACUUUGUCCUGCUCAAUGUGAGAAUGGUCUAAAGUAUGAGGCUUGCGGUCCAGCAUGUCCGAAAACGUGCGAAUCGCUUUGUGGCUCAAGUCCUUCAUGUCCAAUACCAUGCACUGAAGGUUGCCACUGCCCCAAUGGCACAGUACUUCACAAUGGCGGCUGCAUCAAACCAGAUGCCUGUACUUGCAUUGUGGAUGGUCACGAGUACCAAAAUGGUUCUUUUGUGAUAAGAAAUUGUCAAAGUUGUAUUUGUAAUUCUGGGUGUCUUCUUUGUACUGGACCAACAUGUACCACCACGUCAGAAGUAACUACCAAACCUACAACUGCUGCAACUGGUGUGCCUGGCAUUGUUACGAAAUUGACAUCUGCUGCCCCUGGUGUGAUCACUGCUUCCACUGCUCCUACUCUAAAAAUAACAACUGCCGCAACUGGAGUUACAACGAAACCUACAACUGCUGCAACUGGAGCUACCACCAAACCAACAACUGCUGCAACUGGAGUCACCACCAAACCUACAUCUGCUGCCACCGGAGCUACCACCAAACCUACAACUGCUGCAACCGGUGUUCCUGGCAUUGUUACGAAAUUGACAUCUGCUGCACCUGGUGUGAUCACUGCUUCGACUGCUCCUACUGUAAAAAUAACAACUGCCGCAACUGGAGUUACAACGAAACCUACAACUGCUGCAACUCGAGCUACCACCAAACCAACAACUGCUGCAACUGGAGUUACCACCAUACCUACAACUGCUGCCACUGGAGCUACCACCAAACCUACAACUGCUGCAACUGGUGUGCCUGGCAUUGUUACGAAACUUACAUCUGCUGCACCUGGUGUGAUCACUGCUUCGACUGCUCCUACUGUAAAAGUAACAACUGUCGCAACUCGAGUUACAACGAAACCUGCAACUGGAGUUACCACCAAACCAACAACAGCUGCAACUGGUGUAACAACUAAACCUACAACUGCUGCAACUGGAGUAACGACUAAACAUACAACUGCUGUAACUGGAGUUACCACCAAACCUUCAACUGCUGCGACUGGAGUUACCAAAAAACCAACAACUGCUGCAACUGUAGUGACGACCAAACCUACAACUGCUGUAACUGGAGUUACCACCAAACCUACAUCUGCUGCAACUGGAGUAACCACCAAACCUACAACUGCUGCAACUGGAGUAACCACCAAACCAAUAACUGCUGCAACUGGAGUUACCACCAAACCUACAACUGCUGCAACUGGAGCUACCACCAAACCUACAACUGCUGCAACUGGUGUAACUACCAAACCAACAACUGCUCCAACUGGUGUAACAACUAAACCUACAACUCCUGCAACUGGUAUAACAACUAAACCUACAACUGCUGCAACUGGUGUAACAACUAAACCUACAACUGCUGCAACUGGUGUAACAACUAAACCUACAACUGCUGCAACUGGUGUAACAACUAAACCUACAACUGCUGCAACUGGUGUAACAACUAAACCUAAAACUGCUGCAACUGGAGUAACUACCAAACCAACAACUGCUGCAACUGGUGUGACAACUAAACCUACAACUGCUGCAACUGGUGUAACAACUAAACCUACAACUCCUGCAACUGGUGUAACAACUAAACCUACAACUCCUGCAACUGGUGUAACAACUAAACCUACAACUCCUGCAACUCGUGUAACAACUAAACCAACAACUGCUGCAACUGGUGUAACUACCAAACCAACAACUGCUGCAACUGGUGUAACAACUAAACCUACAACUCCUGCAACUGGUGUAACAACCAAACCAACAACUGCUGCAACUGGUGUAACAACUAAACCUACAACUGCUGCAACUGGUGUGCCUGGCAUUGUUACGAAAUUGACAUCUGCUGCCCCUGGUGUGAUCACUGCUUCCACUGCUCCUACUGUAAAAAUAACAACUGCCGCAACUGGAGUUACAACGAAACCUACAACUGCUGCAACUGGAGCUACCACCAAACCAACAACUGCUGCAACUGGAGUUACUACCAAACCAACAACUGCUCCAACUGGUGUAACAACUAAACCUACAACUGCUGCAACUGGUGUAACAACUAAACCUACAACUGCUGCAACUGGUGUAACAACUAAACCUACAACUGCUGCAACUGGUGUAACAACUAAACCUAAAACUGCUGCAACUGGAGUAACUACCAAACCAACAACUGCUGCAACUGGUGUGACAACUAAACCUACAACUGCUGCAACUGGUGUAACAACUAAACCUACAACUCCUGCAACUGGUGUAACAACUAAACCUACAACUCCUGCAACUGGUGUAACAACCAAACCAACAACUCCUGCAACUGGUGUAACAACUAAACCUACAACUCCUGCAACUGGUGUAACAACUAAACCAACAACUGCUGCAACUGGUGUAACUACCAAACCAACAUACUGCUGCAACUGGUGUAACAACUAAACCUACAACUCCUGCAACUGGUGUAACAACUAAACCUACAACUGUUGCAACUGGAGUUACCAGCAAACCUACAACUGUUGCAA